AUGGACAUGUCGACAGCUUCGCCCACCCCGAUGGGUACCGCUGGCACCGGAUUGUCACGACGACCUUCGCAGAGACAAGGCCUCCGUCGACUGCCCUCGCGCCCGCACUUGGGCCGAACCGAAUCAAACCCUGUUCACGCGACAGCUGCUGCACCUGCUCUGUCUAGGAAGGCGGAUUCGCAACAGUACGCCAUGCACGAUAGCUCCGACGAUGAGAUUCCGGUCCCUAUGAAGCUCAGCGCUCUCACCAAGGCACUCCUUAACGAUGGCGGCUCCGCCCAACCUGAGCGUGCACCAUCCCCGCCACGAACGCGCCGUCGCGCAAGCAACCUUGCUGCGUCGACGACAUCUGCUACAGAAGAGAGAAGAUCCCUCAGGUCCGGAAGUGCGCAAGCACAUGAGACGAGAUCAUCAAAACCCUCAUCACCCAUGAGAAGCCGCGAGACAAGUCCCGUGCGCAAGAGAGUCGUCAGACUCAGCACAACACCCAAGAGUCUAAGCCAGAUGGGACCCACGAAGCGACGAUCAACAUCACUGUCGCGAUCCACCAACCAACGCCCUCGCUCAAGGAGUCGGCCAGAAAGCCGUGAACAGUCUUCCGAUGAGAAGCCAGAACCGCCCCAGGACGUCAACACUCCUGCUCAAGGAGUCCGAGUUGUCCGCAUUGCCGCCGGCUCAUCGGGCAACAGAAGUCGACUUAACAGCUCGACUGGUCAUUCGCGCCGGUCUGGGUCGCAUUUCGAGCAGGAGCAUUCCGAGGAGCCAGUAACUGCCGGCCGACAUGCCGCUGGUAUCAACCCUGGAAGUGUCUCGCGCCACCCUUCUACCGUCGGAAGGAACGUCAAGCCGGAGGAUAACCUAGCACUGCAAGGCUCCAUGCGUGUCAAGCGCGUCGGCAAGGUUCCAGGAAGCUUCCUCAGUGGUCCGGCACGACGUGGUCGUAGACGUCAGAGUGAGGAGGAGGCCGAAGGCAAUGGCGAGGUUGAGGGCGAUGGCUUGAUGUCAAGUAAUGAGUAUGAUCGCCAGGGCCGUGAGGCCGACAAUGACCUUGCCUCAUCAUUUUAUGGAAACGGCAGGCAACUUGCAUCAGGGAGCCCGGUGGCUCUGAGCGAUCCUUCAAGACCAGGUCACAGACGACCGACGUCUUACGCAGAGCCGGUCGCAUCUGCGCGACAAUCACCCCAGGAGAGAGAAGAGCCGGAGGAGAUUCACUACAAGUUGCCGGCAACUCGGCCUCAGGUACCAUCUGCCCACGACCAGGAGAACGAAAUUCCUUCAAUCCUCAGAAGCUCCAAGCCCGCAGUCAGCCUCCUCGUUGAGAAGGAAGAGAAGGUCCCGAGACGUUCCGCCAACACUGAAGUAGCCCGUCAACAACCUGCUGCUUCUCCUGACCGGAAACCACUGUCUUCGCUUGCGAACAACACCCCUCGCAGGCCGGCGCCGCCACCACCACCAAAGAUGUCUGUCCUAGAUGCUGCAACCACUUCCGCAGGAGCAGCUACUACCACUCAGGGAAGGCAAAAGCGAAACAUCCUCCGUGUGAAUGGGAAGUCGUAUGCAAGGCUCGACUGUUUGGGCCGUGGCGGUAGCGCUAAGGUCUACCGCGUUACUGCCGAAAACGGAGCAAUGUUUGCUUUGAAGAGAGUCUCGCUGGAGAAUGCAGAUGAAGGCCAGAUCAGGGGUUAUCGAGGCGAGAUCGACUUGCUGCGCAAACUCAACGGUGUCGACCGAGUCAUCAAUCUAUACGACUAUGAAAUGAAUGAUGAGAAGAGAGUGCUAACUCUGCUCAUGGAGAUGGGCGAGUUGGAUCUCAACACCCUCAUCCGAAGUCGACAAAACCCUGAGGCCGCCAAGUUCGAUCCGGUUUUCGUCCGUUUCUAUUGGCAAGAGAUGCUUGAAUGUAUUCAAGCCGUCCACCAAUGCGAGAUCGUGCACUCCGAUCUCAAGCCUGCCAACUUUGUCCUCGUCAAGGGUCGCUUGAAGCUGAUCGACUUCGGCAUCGCCAAUGCCAUUCAGACAGACGAAACCGUCAAUGUGCAUCGCGAAACGCAAGUCGGCACACCGAACUACAUGUCUCCUGAAUCACUCUUGGACUUCAACGCGCCCCGAGGUGGGCGUGUUCCUGGUCGACCCAAGCUGAUGAAGGUGGGCAAGCCCAGCGAUGUCUGGUCACUUGGCUGCAUUCUCUACCAGCUUGUGUACGGAAUCGCCCCAUUUGGUCACAUUGCCAACCAGAUGGCAAGAUGCCAAGCCAUUAUCAACUGGGACCACAAUAUCGAGUUCCCUUCAAGGGGGAUGGGCGGCAUGCCUGUACCCCCCUCAUUGAUAAGAACCUUGAGGAGGUGCUUGAACCGCGAUGUUCACAUGCGGCCGACCUGCGAGGAACUCCUCCACGAGACCGAUCCCUUCCUUUACCCUAAUGAGCUUAGCGAGAAGGCACUCCCAAUCGAUGAGGAACUCCUUGGUAGAAUCAUCCAGAGCGUCGUCACGAGAUGUCGAGAACGCAUGCCGACCGAGGCCGAGGUCAUGUCGGUUUGGCCAUCAGCAUACUGGGCCAGUGUCAGAAAAGCCACGAAUAGAUCAUGA